AUGCAAUUGGAGCCUUACAGACGGCCCCCUGUGACAUGUUCCCCUUUGCUCCGCCACACUCGACCCCUUCUGUCCUUGGUCCCUCGUCACUCUUCGCCGCGCCCCUCCCGCUUGCUCGCUCUGCUGCUCCUCACCUCUCACCCCACGCUGCGAGCGUCGAAGAAACAACCCCGCCAACCGCUCAAUUCUUUGCGCCAACCUAUUAGGGCCUGUCUCUCUCUCUCUCUUCGUCACAGAACCAUGAAGAUUGUCUCGCUCAUGGUGCUGCGCGCACUCGACGCAGAACCCGACGCUAACAUCUUGGCCUCGGCCUACUUCCUCGACAACUUUGGCUACUUUCAACGGGAACCCGUCAAGCAAUUCGCCACCUUCGUCUCGAAGACCGUAGCGAAGCGCGUCGAGCUAGGGCAGCGGAGCUCAAUAGAGCACGAGAGCCACCUGGUCCACGUCCACGUCCGGUCGAACGGGCUGGCCGCCGUGGCGGUAUGCGACGCCGAGUACCCGUCGCGCGUCGCCUUCACGCUCCUCAUGAAGGUGCAGGAGGACUUCAUGACCGCCCACGCAGACGCCACAUGGCUCGCCGCCACCGACGAACUCCCCUUCCCACCGCUUGACGACAUGAUUCGAAAGUAUCAGGACCCGCACGAGGCCGACGCCAUCAUGAAGAUACAGAAGGAUUUAGACGAUACCAAGAUCAUACUGCACAAGACUAUUGACUCUGUCCUGGAAAGGGGCGUUAAGCUAGAUAACCUCGUCGAGAAGAGUACCGACCUUUCCGCCCAAUCGAAAAUGUACGUUACUGCGAAGAAGCAGAACAGUUGUUGUAGUAUGAUGUGACGGGGAUAGCGUUUAGGUUUUUCUUAUGUCGCCGGAAGGGCAAGCGCUAGAACGUGGACAACGUUUUUGUCUAACUUAGAUUUUUGAACUGUCUUCCGCACUUUGGCCAGCGAGACAAAAAUAAACCUGUCAGAGCCGCUCGA